AUGUUUGUUUUCAAAAGAGACGGCCACAAGGAGCCCGUGCGCUUCGACAAGAUCACCGCCAGAAUCCAAAGAUUAUGUUACGGCCUUGACACUGACCACGUGGAUGCCGUGGCAGUCACGCAAAGAGUCAUUUCCGGCGUGUAUCAAGGAGUCAACACGAUAGAAUUGGACAACUUAGCCGCCGAGACCGCCGCGUACAUGACCACGAUCCACCCUGACUACGCAAUUUUGGCCGCCAGAAUCGCAGUGUCCAAUUUGCACAAACAAACGACAAAACAGUUUUCGCUGGUGCUGAAGAUUUUGUACGAGUACAUCAACCCGAAGACCGACCAGCACUCGCCCAUGAUCUCGAAGGAGACGUACGACAUUAUCUGUGAGAAUGCCGACGAGCUCAACUCCGCCAUUGUGUACGAUCGCGACUUCAACUACAACUUCUUCGGAUUCAAGACUUUAGAGCGGUCGUAUUUGCUCAAGGUGAACGGGCAUGUCGCGGAGAGGCCGCAGCACUUGCUCAUGCGUGUCGCGGUGGGCAUCCACGGCAGGGACAUCCCACGCGUCAUCGAGACAUACAACAUGAUGUCGCAGCGCUACUUCACGCACGGCUCCCCCACGCUUUUCAACGCAGGCACGCCAAGCCCCCAGAUGUCUUCGUGUUUCCUCGUCGCUAUGAAGGACGACUCCAUUGACGGCAUCUACGACACCUUGAAGACCUGCGCCUUGAUCUCCAAAUCGGCUGGAGGUAUUGGCUUGCAUAUCCACAACAUCAGAUCUACCGGCGCCUACAUCGCUGGUACCAACGGAACGUCCAAUGGUAUCAUUCCUAUGGUGCGUGUCUUCAACAACACCGCACGUUAUGUCGACCAGGGAGGUAACAAGAGACCUGGCGCCUUUGCCCUUUAUUUGGAGCCAUGGCACGCAGACAUCUUCGACUUUAUCGACAUCAGAAAGAACCACGGUAAGGAAGAAAACAGAGCCAGGGACUUGUUCCCCGCGCUUUGGAUCCCGGACUUGUUCAUGAAGAGAGUCGAGCUGAACGGCGACUGGACCUUGUUCUCUCCAAACGAAGCCCCUGGUUUGCCUGAGUGCUACGGUGACGAGUUCGAGGCCUUGUACGAAAAGUACGAGAGAGAGGGCCGUGGUAGAUCCACCGUGAAGGCACAGAAGCUCUGGUACGCCAUCUUGGAAGCCCAAACGGAAACCGGCACUCCAUUCAUGUUGUACAAGGACGCGUGCAACGAGAAGACCAACCAAAAGAACUUGGGUAUGAUCAAGUCUUCUAACUUGUGUUGCGAGAUUGUCGAGUACUCUGCGCCCGACGAGGUUGCUGUGUGUAACUUGGCGUCUAUUGCCUUGCCCUCCUUUGUGGAGAAAAACUCCACGUCCGUGUGGUACAACUUCGAAAAGUUGCACGACGUCGCCAAGGUUGUGACCAGAAACUUGAACAGAAUCAUCGACCGCAACUUCUAUCCCGUCGAGGAGGCCAGAAGAUCCAACAUGAGAAACAGGCCAAUUGCGCUUGGUGUGCAGGGUCUUGCCGAUGCGUUCAUGGCCUUGAGAUUGCCUUUCGACUCCCAGGAGGCCAGGGAGUUGAACAUCCAGAUUUUCGAGACCAUCUAUCACGCUGCAGUCGAGUCUUCUAUCGAGCUUGCAGCGGAAGAAGGUCCUUACGAGACUUACCAAGGCUCGCCAGCUUCUAAGGGCUUGUUGCAGUACGACUUGUGGGACAGAAAGCCCACUGAGUUGUGGGACUGGGACACGUUGAAGCAGAACUUGGCCAAACACGGGCUCAGAAACUCGUUGCUUGUGGCACCAAUGCCAACUGCCUCCACGUCGCAGAUCUUGGGAAAUAACGAGUGUUUCGAGCCCUACACCUCCAAUAUCUACUCAAGAAGAGUGCUUGCGGGCGAGUUCCAGAUUGUCAACUCGCAUAUGUUGAAGGACUUGGUUGACUUGGGUCUCUGGAAUGACUCCAUGAAGAACAACAUCAUUGCUAACAAUGGCUCGAUCCAGUCCUUGCCCAACAUUCCUGAUGACAUCAAGGCCUUGUACAAGACUGUGUGGGAAAUCUCGCAAAAGCACAUUAUCGACAUGGCUGCCGACAGAGCUGCCUUCAUUGACCAGUCCCAGUCUUUGAACAUCCACAUCAAGGACCCCACAAUGGGCAAGUUGACCUCCAUGCACUUUUACGGCUGGAAAAAGGGAUUGAAGACUGGUAUGUAUUACUUGAGAACGCAGGCCGCUGCCGCUGCUAUCCAGUUCACUGUUGACCAGAACUCCGUGACUGCUGCUGGUAAGACUGUCGCCACUUUGGAUAAGUUGAACCAGAGAAAGUACGUUGCCAAGGCUACCGGCAGAAGCGGGUCUUCCACGCCUGUUCCUGGCGAGCUGCCACGCAGUGUCUCUACUGAACCUUCCUCAUUGGAGAACUCUGUUCAGCAAUUGAAGAUCUCAGAUGCUGGCAACACGCAGCCCGAGACAGCAAAGGAGGAAGCACCGAAGCCCGCUGAAGAGAAUGCGGAAGACGCUGAUCUCGAGAGCGACAUCUACAGCUCACAAGUCAUCGCUUGUGCCAUUGACAACCCAGAGUCAUGCACUAUGUGUUCGGGCUAA